CUCUUAUACAACCGCUCCUCUGCCUUCGCUGUACACCGUCGGAGAUCCCUGCUCUGAUAAGAGCCCAGGCAGAGCAACUCUGAGCAAGGCACGGUACUAUUCUCUCCCUAUCAUGUCUGUGAGAAUAUCCCGAUCAUGGCUGAAGCCUGGAACCCAGCCGUUUCGCUUCGGUCCUCUCUGGUCUGGCCCUUAAGCUUUUGGCGAACAUCCACCCGUUCGUUCCUGUGCUUUUUCUCGCCUCGACAUCAUAGGUGGCAACAUCGGUUACUUCCGCCUCUUAUAGGCGAGGCGUUGCCAAGUCUUCAUCGACCAAGGGGAGCUUGCUCGUCAGAAAGGUCCCAAAGGAAUGGAAGGGGCUUGGAGGCGACACCCUACAUGGGGCGCAAGCAUGCUGGCUAUGAUUAUUUGCCUCCAAAUGGUGCCACUAUCUAGGGCUCGCCCACGUCUGACCUUCAUAUGACAUGACUGACACUUCCAUCCGUAAAGACCGCACUCCGUAGCUGCCGGUAGUUGCCCAAUGGGUUGAGCUCUGAUCAA